UGCUUUGGCAGGGAGGUUGGACAAUAAUCUCUGGAGGUCCCUUCCAACCCCUAUGAUUCUGUGAUUCUGUGAUUUCCUGUAGCCUUCUUUCCCACCCUUUGACCCAGGUGAGCAUCUUUUCCUAACCAACGCAUCAAAAAAGCAAAUCAUAUCUGAUUUAAAUUGCCAUGUUUGUCCUCAGUUCUGCUUCUUUAAGCCAAGGGUUGCAGUAUAAGAACAUCCUGAUAUCCCUCCGUUUGUGUGGAACAGUGCUCUGCCAUAUGAAUGGUCAGCUGAUGGGAGUAGCAUGGAGACUUUGCAGGAGCCCUGCAGCACUCUGAAUAUCUCCUGAUACCUCCCCUUUUCUGUUCGUGCUGCGCUUCCUGGCAGCAUCAAAUGAAAAUAUUUCUAUCGUGAGCUGUAGUUGUCAAAGCGCUCUGGGUUCUGAGUGAAAACUUUGGGACUCAGUCGUUUAUUUCAGUAGUGGCAAAAAGAAGAACGCAGCAGUUUCAGGGUGCAAGGAGCGGGCUGUGGCAUGAGUGGGUGUUGGGCACCUGUGUCCGGUGUUCUCCAUCCUUAGAGCAUUCGUCGGAGCCUUCGCAUCAGUGCAACCGCGGUCCCCACGCCCAACACCGCGCGGCUCUCAGCCGCAUCCCAGUCGCUUGGAAGAGGUGCGAAGGUGUGAGGAGCUGCGACGGCCCGGCUCCUCCUCGACUGUGUUCUGGGUUUUGUUUUGGAGACCGAUUUCCUGCCUCUGCCCGCCCCCCGCCUCCCGGCGCUCAAAUACCGCGGCGCAGCGCUGCCGCUCGGACACCGCUGCUGCGCGCGGCUCGCGCCCAUGGUGGCGGCGGCGGACGGGCGGCGGGGAGCCACCCCGCAGCGGCUGAAGAGCGGCGCCAGGCCAAGGUACUGCCCGGCGCUCCUGCGGCGGCGGCGGCGGCGGCGGCUGGAGGAGGCGACGAGCGCGGAGAGCCGCCUGGAGCUGCAGACCUUCCGCGAGUACGGGGAGAGCUGGUACCGCUCCCGCAAGGCGCUGGAGAGCCGCUUCCAGCCGCGGGAGCCGCUUGCCCGGCAGCCGCAGGUGACGGCGGAGGCGCGCUGCCGGCUGAUCAGCUGGCUCAUCCCCGUGCACCGCGAGCUGGGGUACUCCUUCGAGGCGCUCUGCCUGACCGUCAACAUCAUCGACCGUUUCCUCGACACCACCCCGGUGGCCGCCGACUGCUUCCAGCUGCUCGGGUCCACGGCGCUGCUCCUCGCCUGCAAGCAGGUGGAGAUGCACCCCCCCAGCGUCAAGCAGCUCCUCGCCCUCUGCUGCGGCGCCUUCAGCGGGGAGCAACUCUGCAACCUGGAGUGCAUCGUCCUGCACAAGCUGGGUUUCAGCCUGGGCGCGCCCACCGUCUCCUUCUUCCUCGAGCAUUUCACCCGGGUGCGGCUGGAGGCUCCGGGCGCCGACUCCGACGAAGCGGCGGACGCGGGGAGCCUGGCGCAGGGCGUAGCGGAAAUCAGCCUGGCCGACUACACCUUCACCAAGUACCCGCCGUCGCUGCUGGCCGCGGCCAGCCUGGGGCUGGCGGACCGGCUGCUCCGGCACCGCAGCCCGCUGGACCUGCGGGUCAGCGGAUACCAGCGGAGGGAGCUGCGGGACUGUAUGGCUGAGCUGCGGCUGCUCGUGUCGCUCAACGCAGCGGCGCUGCCGCUCGUGCUGCCCGCGGAGGUGGUGCGGAAGUGCCUGUGGCUGAGGGACGGCGACUGACGGCGGGGCUGCGGGAGCCCCGCGCUGCGCGUGGCCUCGGGUCGGGAGGUGACCGUGUGUGGCACCGCGGAGAAUAUGCGCGUGGUCGCUCACUGAUCAGAGAUUGUUUUGUGUUUCUGCAUCCAGCGUGUAAAUAAUACACACAUACCCGGGUACCGCGUUAUUUAUUCGGGGGGCUGUCCGUAACGGCACCCGCGAGGGAGGAGAGCCCGAGAGAAGCGAAAUAAACUCUAUUCCUGUA